AUGGCAAAGCUCCUUGAUGUGCUGAUUCAUUGCAAUCAAGGCAAAGUUGUUGAACAGCAGGUCUGUACGCUGACCAAAACGGACCUAGGACCUGGCCACUGGGGAAUUCCCGUGGGAGUCCUUACGCCUAAUCGGGAUAUUGGUGCUCAUCCUGCUACCGUGGACGGAGCCCUGCUCUAUUACAGAUUGGUAUUCGCAAACCUGGAUGUGGCCUCAUCGGUCAGGCUUAACUUGUCAGACGUCAAUUACACUACCUGGGAAAAGUACCGCCUAUGGGAUGCCCGGCUUCAAAGGCCCAGAGAGAUCCUUUCUAUGGGGGCCAAACAUAUAGAGGGCGAGGACGUGGUCCUUUCCACGGGGCCCCAAACCCCAUCCACCACGGCCUCCUCCGUGAACUCGAGGGCCCCAAUGAAUAUCAGGACGAGCCCGUAG